AUGUCCUUGAACGACAAGCACGCAGCCUUGAUACGGAGCAUCCUGCAAGACCGGUUUCUCCUGGCACCAAAUGCUUUUAAAAUUGAGCCAGUUAAAGAGGCCAAGAAUAAUCACGUCUUCUUGCUCAAGUUGACCAGUCCAACCUUGGAACCUUCCCCCCCCUCCAACCAGGUAUUUACGACCCCUAUCCCUGCCAAAACAUCGCGUCUGGUGUUUCGGAUACCCAAAGAGAACGUCAGCUUGGAGGACUCGGUGCGUAUCCGCAACGAGGUCGCUUUUCUUACCCUGGCCCGCGAGGCUCUCUCGCCCAUCGGUCCCUCUCUUACUCCCGCCGUGUUUGGCUGGUCAGAUACGGUUUCCGACUCCAGCUUUGGCUGGAUUCUAGAGGAGUGGAAAACUGGGGAACACCUCACAAUCCAAAAGCUCGUGAAGCUUGGCGACGAGACGCAGCGCCUCGUCCUAGGUCAGAUGGCAAAGGUUGCCAAAUGUCUCCAGGACUACCAGCUACCGGACAGCGCGACCGAGUUUGGUGGCCUUACCUUUGACGAAGAAGGGACGAUUAAAAGCACCAAGAGUGUAAUUCCCUGUGGAGGGCCGUUUCCUUCCUACGGCGCCUUUCUGAAGGGCACGUUCCGUUGGCAACUAGAGGCAAGCGAGCGAAGCACGCAUGUAAACGGCUGGCGUGACUAUCCCGAGCUGCGCAAAAGGAUCGACGCCUUUUUCGCCGACGGACUGGACGGGGUUAUAGCCAAGGUGCCAAAGCAGAAGCCAACAUUGGUCAACGCAGAUAUCGCCUUUGUAAACCUGCGUUUUGAUCCCGCAACGUAUCGGCUCACCGCCGUGCUGGACUUUGACUUUUCGCACGUCGGGGCGCCUAUUUCCGAGCACCUGUUCUCGUUCUGGGACUGGGACGCCUUGCUGCCCAGCCAGGCGAAUCCUGUUGGAUCGUUGCGGGAAUGGAUGCUUGAAGGCUUUCCAAAGGACGUAGAAGAUUGUUUCAAGGUGAAUCGGCUAUGGGAUGACAUGUUGGCCGAUGCUCAUGCGCAAAAACCUUCCACGAUCGCGGGAGCCGGUCUCAUGGCCGACCUGUGGUGGUUUUCGCAGGAGCUGUGCCAGGCGUACUGGUUUAUGGAAAGGAUCGUCGGAAAAUCCUCAGCUAAGGAGCUCGAGGAGAAGAAGAAAGAUAGCGCGGCUAAGCUUGACAAGUAUCUGGCGUUGUGGGGGUUCUAG